AUGAGGCAUUGCUUAACUCUCGUUCUGGCUAUAACAAUAGCCACCUCACUUCCAGGAACGCACGGCCAUCCCCAGUCAACCAUCAUGGGAGUCGACUUCAGCACAGGAUCUCUUGACCCGUCUGAUCCCUUUUCAAGCUUACUCGGUCGAGAUCAACUCGACGCCCAUAUCGAUCGGUCCUCUAUCAUCCCCACACCCAUCCCCCACAGCGCGACCAUCUUCGACGAUUUCGACGACUUCGACAGCGACGAUCAAAGCAGUGGCAACUCCACCGAUGAGACUGUAACUCCAGAGCACUAUGAGACAGACUGGAGGCGACCAGAUACUGUUCUAAAACCCAUAUCGACAGAACCGCCUCUUCCCCUCUUCAAGCAGCGCGAUCAUCCUGUCAAGCCAAUGCGAGUUCGAGUCACCGACCAAUCCAAUCCCCAGCCGACAAACAAGUUUUAUGGGAAUCUGAUGUUAGGCGACUCGCAUGCUCCGAUCUGGACACAUCCUUACGGUUUGCGAUGGGACAGGAUUGAAAAGACACAAAAUGGACUCUCUAUCUCGCAUAUAGAUGACUCCUCCAAGGCUUUUGGCCCUCCUGGGUUGAAUGUUACCGCUUCGGAGCAACGACCCCCAAAAUACUACCUCAACCCAUUUCUGGUCAGCGUGGGUAUUUCUGCGACAGAGCUGGAUGAGCGCCACGAAAUGACUGUCGGAGACUUUAGCGAGUUUAGCUGUGCUGUCGAAUUGACACCGGCAAGUGAGCAGGCCCUGGAGAGACAGGAUCCACCUACAUCAGUUCUUCGUGUUCCAGUUGUGCGAGGCAUGGUGUUCCUUACAGCCCUUUACAAGGACCUGACACCCCAAUUUUACUCCGACAUUUUGAUUCGUACCUUGACACUGGACCCGCAACCGAUGGCGGAUGGCUGGGUCAAGUACCGCUUCUUGAUUGAGAAUGGAGUGACAUGGUUGUUGUACGCCAAACCUGACAGGAGCACGGAUGGUCCCCUCCGACUCACGAUGCGUGGUCAAGGUCUAGCAGUAGCGACAUCGGGAAAGUUCACAGGGUUGGUGCAGAUUGCGAAGUUGCCUGUGGGCAUGGAGGACGAGACGGAGAGGGUGUACGACCUGUCGAUGGGAGUAUAUCCGAUGGAGGGGGAGCUAAUUGUUCGACCCAGAUAUGUCAACAGCCGGUCAGGAGGCUACAGGAUCGAUUGGAAGCUAGCCGGCGACACCACCAAGCAGUUCAUACACUUUACUCUGCCUCAUCACCGGGAGGCAUUGACAGACAAGACCAAGCCGACUGUCCUUGUUUUACCUUCAACAACCAAGGGAAAGAUGAUCGCAUAUACCGGGUCGAAAUGGUAUCUCCACGAACCAGAUCGUCUUGCUCUCGACUUUUUGCCGGAUGAGUGGGAAGACACUGUGACGCCCGAGCAACUGGAAGUGAUCAGGAACCAGGCCCGACGCGAUAUCGAGCGUGACUUUGACGAGGAAACCGAUCUGGAAUCGAUGUACUUUGCAGGCAAGGGACUGGCCAAGUUUGCACUGUUGUGUCUGGUCGUCAAGGAUGUGCUUAACGAGACAGACGAGACGCAGAGGAGAUGUCUGGACAAACUGGAGAACGCCUUUGCGAGAUUCUUGGAGAACAGACAGGCUUUCCCGCUGGUGUAUGACAAGACCUGGCGAGGCCUUGUCAGUGUCCAAGGUUUGACAGACCAUGGCGCGCUGGCUGAUUUCGGUAAUACUUGGUACAACGACCACCACUAUCACUAUGGCUACUUUAUCCAUGCAGCAGCAAUCGUUCGACAUUUGGAUCCCAACUGGAGAUCAGACGAGUUGGUCGCCUAUAUCGAUUCUCUCUUGCGCGACGUAACCAACAUGUCCACGAACGACAACCAUUUCCCCAGGUUUCGCGCCUUCGACUGGUACAUGGGCCACUCUUGGUCCCAGGGUAUAUUUGUGUCGCAGGAUGGCAAGGACGAGGAGUCGACGUCGGAAGACAUCAACCUGUACUAUGGCUUGUCGCUCUGGGGUCGUGUCAACGACCGGCCAGAUAUGGAUAACAUGGGCGCCAUGAUGUUGACCGUUGCUCGUCGAAGUAUCCGGGCGUACUUCUUGCUGGAAGACGACAACAUGAACCAUCCGCGGGCGUUUGUGGGCAACAAGGUGACAGGUAUCUUGUUUGAGAACAAGGUCGACCACACCACUUACUUUUCGUCCCGUCUCGAAUGUAUACAAGGCAUCCAGAUGAUCCCAGCGACACCCGCGCUGCCGUUGAUCCGCAGUGAAAAGUUUGUGAGGCAAGAGUGGGAGAGUGUGUUGCGAUCGCGUGCUGAAGAGAUUGACGACGGAUGGAAGUCGAUCCUGAUGAUGAACUAUGCCACCCUGGAUAAGGCUGGCGCCUGGAAGCACUUCGCAGAGUCCGAACGACCGGUUCAGUUGGACGACGGUAUGACGCUGACCUGGGCCAUGUUUUACGUCGCUUCCUUGCAGCCUACUUGA